AUGCUUUCCACUGCUCCUUUCUUCUGGAUCACCUCUGACGCUGCGGCUGUAGCAAACUGGACCGCAGUAACCAGGUCGGCUCCAAAAUACAGCUGUGAAACAACUCCGCCCAAAAACGUGUCACCUGCUCCCGUCGUGUCCACCACUUUCUCCACCUUGACUCCAGAAACCUGCUCGACGGUCUCCUCUUUCUGCAGAAUGCAGCCACGGCCUCCAAGGGUGAUAAUGACGGUGGUUUUAGGUAACAACUUGUGUAGAGAAGCAAGCAGAAGCUUGUCGUCGGAGCUGUCGCUGUUGACGAUCUGCUGGGCCUCUCCCUCGUUGACAACCAGAAUGUCCACCUUCUGCAACAUCUCAACGUCCAACAGGUCUGCCUUGACUGGAGACGGAUUGUAA